ACAAAACUACUCAGCAUGACAUCUAUGAUAGGCCGCGUGACCUCUUUCGUUACCUAUCGUGACUUUCGCCGACUGUUGAAAGAGUGUUCGAAUUACCCUCCGCUCGCCAUGUUUAAUGACUUCUUGUUGCUAAGCGUUGUGUUCUCAUUUCAAGGCGCCCUUUUACUGACUGCUCUUAUCUUAACUUUGUACAUCACUUUUUCCUUUUUCGGCGAUGUACGGGUCUCGAAUCUGGAGAAGAAAGCCGUGUUUAUCACCGGCUGCGAUAGUGGAUUCGGCUAUGAGUUAGCCAAGAAGUUAGAUGCCGAAAGAUUGCGAGUGUUCGCUGCUUGUCUCACUUCUGAAGGAGAGGCAAAACUGAAAACUGAAUGUUCUUCGGAGCUUAUCACACUAAAACUGGACGUUACCAAGUCAAGAGAUAUUCAGUGCGCUUUACAGGCCGUCAAAUCACAUCUGCCUUCUCAAGGUUUGUGGGCUAUAGUAAACAAUGCAGGCAUUGGAUAUCCAGGGCCAAUUGAGUGGCAACCUGUGGAGGAAAUGAAGAAGACUUUGGAGGUAAACUUGUGGGGAAUGGUGUCCAUUACUAAAGUAUUUCUUCCAUUUCUCAAGAGAACCAAGGGGCGCAUUGUCAACGUUGCCAGUGCAUCAGGGAGGCUCUCUUCUCCUUUUGCUGCAGCUUACUGCAUCUCCAAGUUUGGUGUUGAAGCUUUUUCCGAUGCACUACGCAACGAAAUGAAGCAUUUUGGAGUCACUGUUCACAUAAUUGAGCCAGGAACUUUUAAAACAGGCAUAACAGAUGCAGAGAAGAACAUCCAAUACCUACAGAGAUUAUGGGAAAACCUUGAUGGAGAUACUAAAGAAUGUUAUGGAGGGGAGUUUUAUGAGCAAGCCAAAGCUAAGUUAAGAGACAUACGUCAUAUUUUUUCACCUAAUAUUUUCAAAGUGGUUGAUGCCAUGGAUCAUGCAGUGACAUCUAUGCAUCCUAAACUAAGAUAUGUCCUUGGACUGGACCACCAACUCAUUUGGAGAACUCUCUCAUUCCUACCAUCUGAAAUACAAGAUUUCUUCUUUGGACUAGUGUUGCCAAAACCAAAGGGAAAUCCUGACCAUGACAACUAACUCAACUGUUGGUUCAAAAGUAAAUGGUUCCCAGAAGAUCCACCUUGUGUGCAUAUUAAGUCAUUAACAGAUGUAAAAUUGUAACCAUCUACACCCUAACACCAUAUUUUGGAAGAGGGGAUUCAGAAAAAUAUCUUAGUACACCUGGUAAAUAUUUUACCAAAACUAAUUUACUUUUGUAUGGAGGUUUGUUAACAUUUAGCAUAAUAAUCACCAGUAGUGCAUUUUAAACACAACAUACUGUAAUGAUUAAAAUGAACUUCGCACAUGAAAAGUAAUUGUAAAACAUAACACUGUCAGUCUCGUGGAUUAUUUCUUCAGUGGAUAAGGAGCUUGAAAAUGUUAAGCAGAACAGUCUCAACCUCUCAAGGUUGUCAAAAUAAUUGUUUGAAUCUCCUUUACUAAGAGAUUUGAUUCUAACUCAACAUGUCUGUGAAUAUACCUUUUUUCCAAGGGUGUUAAGGGUGUUUUCAAAGUUCUUUGUACUGAAAACAGAAAACAGGCAAAUUGCUUCAUUAAACUGCUUUUUUAA